GAAGUAGGGUAAGCAGUUUGGAGGUCUAGGUGAGUGGCUUACAGUACCGGGUAAGGCGUUUCAGUUCGUUCUGCUUGGGUUCGGAUGCUCGCCUGAAUAUCUACCUGAUGUGUCGUUGUAGUUGUGACGAACCGUAUGUUGUCUCAUGCGGCUUGAACCGCUCCUUGUGAGGUGCCUGAAAGAAGGCCUGGCCGAGCAAGGAGACGCUCUCCGCUUCUGGAAGGGCCUCUGCAGUGUUAGUGAUGCUUUUCACAUAGAAUCGGCUGCAAGUCAGAAUUGACUGAUAGGCUGAAGAUUGUUGUGGUCUCUGGAGGCCUAGAUAUUGGUACAGAAAUGCGAGUGUUUCUAAACCGAAGAUCCAGCAUUAUUUGUGUUUCUUCAUACAAAUAGAUUGAUUAGAUUAUCUGUGUCACGCAACUGGAGUAAACUAAAAUGGGAGCGAUGCUUUCUUGUUGGAGGGCAAAACCUUCCACUAUAGAAGUAUUAGAAAAAAUUGACAAGGAAAUAAAUGCAUUGGAAGAAUUCAAGGAAAAAAAUCAAAGACUGCAGAAGAUCUGGGUUGGAAGACUGGUGCUCUAUUCAUCCACACUUUAUAUCAUAGCCUUUAUAAUCGUGUACUUGUGGUGCUUACCAGAAGAAUGGAAUGCGCGACUAACCUUGGCGCUUCCAGGAUUUUUAUUUCCCUUACUGGUGUGGUUAAUACGGAAAAUAUUGAUUUGGCUCUUUUGCAAAAGAACUGAAAGAAACAGUGAAGCUCUAGAAGAUUUAAAAGUACAAAAAAAGAAAAUUCUUGAAGAGGUCAUGGAAAAGGAGACAUACAAGAAUGCUAAGCUAAUUUUGGAGAGAUUUGAUCCAGAAUCCAAGAAAGCUAAAGAACUUGACCAGAUGACUUCUGGAAUGCCAGCUACUCCGAGACCUGGUCAAGAGCUUCGUCAGAGAUCAUCAACUCAGAAAGCUCAAGUUCCAUCCACUCCACAGAAUGUCAACCAGGGAAGUCCACGACCUCUGCCGGUUACCACGCCUGUUCAACAGAGCACAUCAGCUCCUGGUGGCCCGCCAGAAAAGACUUUACAUUCAGUUUCACACACGCCUGUCCUUGGGAGGCGGACGAUGCCUCCAGCUGCCUCAGUGCCUGGAAUGGGUCUUCAUCCUCCUGGUCCACCCCUAGCAAGACCAAUCCUCCCUCGGGAUAGAGGAGCUGUUGAUCGAGUUAUUGAAUAUUUAGUUGGUGAUGGCCCACAGAACAGAUAUGCACUUAUUUGUCAGCAGUGCUUUUCUCAUAAUGGUAUGGCCUUGAAAGAAGAAUUUGAAUAUGUUGCAUUCAGAUGUGCAUACUGUUUCUUUCUUAAUCCGGCACGGAAAACAAGACCUCAGGCUCCAAGACUUCCAGACUUCAACUUUGAGAAAAGAACAUGCUGUGAUUCUCCAAGCUCUGUUGGCUCUCAGUCUGCAAUAAAUGAUAGCCAACCUGCUAAUGAGCCAAGUCAGGAUGCCGAAACUCAAAAUGUCACACCUAUCCAUGAUAGCAAUCGAGUUGAGAGUGGUGAAGAAGGAUCUACUUCAGUGGCGGUUGUACUGCCUGAUGAAGGACAAAUAGAACCUGAGAAGCAACUGAAAGAAAAUGAAAAUGAUAUUGAAAUGACUAAAGUUGAAGAGUCUGCUGAGGGAGACUGAAUAGCAAAGUGUCCUACAACUCAGCAAGUAGCUAAAGCUUUAAUAUAUUUCCCAUAACAGCGUAUCAGUUGGUUCUGCCAGAUGACGAAUGCAAUGGGUGAACAGAUUAGGUAAAAAUUUGAAAGGUUUAACUCUUGUCAGUAUUAAAAUAACAUUGAAUCUUUUUGUUUCUGCAGAAAAAAAUCUAGAUUUGCUGUAUGUAAUUUUUUGUGUUAAAUCUGCACAUUACCAGUAAUAUUAAAUAGCAAAGGCUGCUUUAUCAGUUGUCAGGUCACAGUGCCCUUUAGUUUUCAGAUGUGCUGUACUGUACAAAAUCGCUAUUUAAAGGGUUGACCCUUUAACCCUAUUUCACUUGAAAUGAGAUGUACUUGGACAGAGAUUUUUUUUAUAUUUUAAAGACCGUUUAAUUUAUAAUGCUUUAAAGUCUUGAAAGGUUUAAGCUGGAUUAGGGAGAAAAAAGUAAUUUAAUGGAAAAUACAUUUACUUGUCUAUGAUACAUGUUAUAAGACUUGAUGUUUACAUUCAAAUUAAAAACUAGCUUUUUAUAUUUUUAAACCUGGAACUUUGGAUUGUAGGAUUACCCAGUCCUUUGUAUAUUUAAUAUUUAAAAACUGUUCACUUCAAUAAUGUGUUUUCUUUGUCUGUGGAUGAUGAAUUCACAUGUUGUUGUAGAGGAGGUACAUUGCAGAUUUUUCUGCUAGGUUUAUAUGAAAAGCUAUUGUGUUACAGGGACAAAAUAUUGAUCCAGGGAUUAUCCCCGGUGCUGUAUGGUGUGCAUAUAUGCUUUAGAAAUUUUGAAAGUUAAGUAAAUUGUAAUUACCAUGUUUGCAUGUACUAAGCGCUUUAUGUAAAAUACUUAAAUUCUACUUGACCCCAUAUAAAAAUCAAAUUCAUAAUGCUUUAAAAAUA